UGAUGUCAAACGUCAACUGUCAAGAACGUUGUAAUAUAAUUUGUAAACAGUUGAAAAUUGGAAAAUAUAAUGAGUGACCCAAAAAUGUUUUAAGGAUUAAUUUAUAAAUUGAUUUCCAUAAGUUAAUUGAUCUUUUCAAUGGGUAGAGAUCGCAGUCGACAUCGAAGCAAAGAUAGAAGUCGUAGUCGUAGUCGGGAACGACACAGGAGUCGCGAUAGAGAGAAGAGAGACCGUAGCAAAGAAAGGCAUCGUGCUAACAGCAGAGACAAAUAUACAGACAGAAGCCGCCACAAGGAAGAGAAACGAAAUCGCGAUAGGAGUCGCAGCAGGGAGCAGCCUGAUCGGGAUAGAGGACGUAGUUCUUUUCGACAAUUCAAUGGCGGGGGACUUGGUGGUGGUCUGGGCAGUGGUAAUACAAGUUCAGCCCCAAGAGGGCGCUACAAGCCUCAAGAGGAAGAGUUUCUAGAUGCCCGCAGAGAGGAACGGGAAAGAAUUGGUGAAGUUGGUGUUUCUUCAGUUUGGGGCAAAUCACCAUUGAGACCAGAUUCUGAAGAUGAGUUAGAAUCAAAUGCUUCAGAAAAGGGCAAAGACAAGAAAAAGAGUAAAAAAUCAAAAGAGGGCACAAAAGAAAAGUUGAAGAAGUUGAAGAAAAAAUUGAAAAAGAUAAAAAAAGCUCGCAAGAAGGCAAAGAAAAAAUCAAAAAGUUCAAGUGACGAUUCCAGCAGUAGUGAAGAGGAGGUGUGGGUGGAAAAAGGAAAAGAACAUGAGUUGGAAGUAACCAAACCAUCAAAAAGCAAAACAGAAGAGUUGGCCGAUGAGGUUAUAGGCCCCGCCCCUCGAGUGGGUCCUGCUCUCGGCCACAAGGACUUCGGUCGGGCGCUGCUGCCCGGCGAGGGGGCCGCUAUGGCCGCCUACGUCGCGGAGGGCAAGAGGAUCCCCCGGAGAGGAGAGAUUGGACUCACCUCUGAGGAAAUAGCAUCCUAUGAAUCGGUGGGAUAUGUAAUGAGCGGUAGCAGACAUCGUCGCAUGGAGGCGGUGCGCAUACGCAAGGAGAACCAGAUCUACUCGGCGGACGAGAAGCGAGCGCUGGCCGCCUUCAGCAAGGAGGAGCGCUCCAAGCGGGAGAACGCCAUCCUCGCGCAGUUCCGCGACGUGCUGCAGGCGCGCCAGCAGCACUAGCCGGUCCUCACCUUGCCUCACCAUCGACUCUACCUGCAACCGGACUUUACCUUUUUGUUUGUAGUGGGUAAAUCUUGCAAACAUACCCAAUACCGCUGGGGAAAAGGCCUAUCUAUGGGUUAUCGGAUUCCUGAGGAAAAAAAUUCCAUUUUGUUCUGUCGAGCCUCUUUGAUGAAGGGACCACACUGUUUGGAAUUCUUCUAUGACCCACGGGUCUUUACCUGAACUGAUUCUCCAAACCUCUUCCAUUUGUGACAGGAGCAGCUCAAUAAAAGCAUUAGCUCAUUCACAGCACAAUCCCACGAGCCUGCAGAUAGCACUAGUCCGCUAAUUAAUAAGGUUUUCUCUCACAUGUCACAUAGCCAGUCAGCAAUUGAUGAACUGGAAUAAAUUUCUAUUAUGAAUAGUGCAAAUGACUUUAAAUAACAAUGAAUGAAUAAUGAUAUUGUAUUAAGUGCAUUGUAUGUCAUUUGUAUUUGAGAAUCGUUUUACUUUUUAAUUAACUGAAACACAAAGCAAUGAAAGAAAAUAUAGCACAAUUAUUUAAUAAUUAGGCAUUAUACAAAGUGUAAUAAAAUUUGUUAAUAAUCCCAGACGGUUAUAAUCCUAUCAAAUGCUUUUUUGACCUGCUUAAUUAUCUAAUGUAAUAAUACAGUACAGUUCAUGGUUCACGUGCGAGUUUUGUAAGCAAUGUGUAAAUACGAAAUAAAUAAACAACAAUUUGCAAAAA